CAGAGCAGAGCGGGGUGCGUAUUUGCCGUCGAGUGCCGCCUUCCUGCUCCCCGACAAGACGGCGACGGAGCGCGGCGUGUGAAGUGCGCCCGAGGUGUUCGCGGAAUUGCCAGACCGACGCGCUGCGGCGUGGAAAUGGAAUGGAAGGCCAUGGGGCGGAAGAUUCGUUCUUCCUCUCUGCACUGUAGCCUUGACUUGAGUACUCGUCUCUACUCUAUGAGACGAGCAUCGGAGGAGCAACGGUCAACUACGCAAGAAUUCGGUCCAAGAAGUCAUGCGCAUCCAAGGUGCAGGUACGAGCAGUCCCCCUCACCUUCCGUGUAGUUUCGUGGAGACCAUCUCACCUUCCUUGCUCUGCCGCGUUUCUGGCAGGCACGGGCGCCCCCCAUCCCCAUCCCCACGCGUUGCUCUGCUCUCUGCUUUAUCAGGGAAAUUUUACAGGCAACAAUUCUCCCCGAAAGGCUGAAACUUGUGCAGGUACUACUUGACUGGCUGGCUGGCUGGCUGGCUGGCUGGCUUGCUGGUGUCUGCCAUGGCGCUGUGGACUGGGCUGGGUCAGGCGGCAACGGUGGCGCAGCUGGUCGGCGCCGACAUCGGCGGGCUCAUCUCCACGAUCAUGCAGGCUGCGCUGACGGCUCGCCAGAACAAGAGGGAGUGCGAGCAGCUCGCGCGCCGGGUCCUCAUGAUCGCGGAGCUGAUGCCGCACCUGCAGUUGCAGGAUCCGGAGGCCGUGCGACCGCUGGCCGGGUUGGGCGAUACGCUCCGGGACGCGCACGAGCUUGUGGUGUCCUGUCAGGGGAAGAGCGUGGCUUAUCAACUUAUUAUGUCUGGGAGGCAGGCCGACAGGUUCAGGGAGGUCCAGAGCAGGAUCGACUCCUACCUCAUCCUCUUCCCCGUGAUCAGCUACAUCGGCGUAACCCGGCAACUCAACCGAAUCUACAACGUCCUUGUUCCAGAUCAUGCCACACACCGUGAACCGUCUCCACUCUUCCAGUCGACUCUGGUGCAGCAAUCUGAACAGGUAGCCCAGGAGGUACUACCACAUGAAGCCGAGGAGUUCAGGUUGCCAGAGAUAGUAGCGGCCACCAAUAACUUCGCCCUAGACACCAAGAUCGGUGAAGGUAGCUCUGCAGUGGUGUACAAGGGCAGACUUCAAGAUGGCCGGAGGGUGGCUGUCAAGCGUGGCAAGCACCAAAAGGAGGUAUUCUUCAAGAUAGAGGAGGUAUUCCGCACGGAGCUUGCCAUUCUUUCACGUAUCCGCCACAAGCACAUCAUCCACCUCGUUGGCUGGUGCGUACAGAAGGAGAUGGAUAAGCACCUGCUAUCGUUCCGAAGAAAGAAGCAGGAUCAGGAGCACCUGAUCGUGUAUGAGUACUUGGAGAACGGCACGCUCCACGACCACCUGCACCGCCAAUCCUCCUCGCCGGUGACGCUAUCCUGGAAGAUGCGCAUCGAUGUGCUCCUGGGCGUGUCACGCGCCAUCGAGCACCUGCACUGCCAUGCCGUGCCGCCUGUCAUCCAUCGCGACAUCAAGUCAGAAAACAUCCUUCUUGACUCAAGCUGGGUUCCAUGUCUGACGGACUUCGGUUUGUCCAUCACUUGGCAUGCAGCGAACGAAGAUGAGGUCUUCACCGUCGUAGGCACAACAGGGUAUUUAGACCCACAGUAUGCUCUAUACGGCCAUCUGGAGCCGGCGAGCGACAUUUACGGCUUGGGUUUUGUGAUUCUCGAGGUACUGACAGGGAAGAAGGUAAUUACUGAAGGUUGGAUGGACUUGGUGUCCUUCGCGCUCCCCAUCAUUGAGGCCGGCGAUCUUGGGGAGUUGCUGGACAGACGCCCUGUGCCAGAGCCAACGCCGCAGCAGCUCAAGGCGCUAGAGCAUGUGGCGCAGACAGCAGCAUGCUGCGUGCAGAUGCAGGGGAAGGACCGGCCAGCCAUAUCAGACGUCGCUGCCAGUCUUGAGAAGGCGCUGGAGUACAUCACCCUUUCCACCACUUUGGCUGGUGUGGUUUCCUUGCCUGUGCACUUCCACAGCUCUCGUCCAUGUCCUCGUUUAUGUCCUGAGCCAGCUGAGAGCCAAUGCGAUAAACGGGAAGCGUCAGAAGGGGUGCUAUCAGAUUCAGACAUCCCUGAACCAAGAUAGUGCAAAAGACAUGAAGAUUUAUUAAGGCGACUAUUUGAGCAUCAGUGGAGGUUGGAAAUGUGUGAGUGUGAUGAAUCAAAAAAAAACAUUCAGGAAUGAGUGUCAUUCAUCAAGAUUGGUCAGUCAUGAUGCUGAGGUAAUAUGAAUCUCCUCAGCUCUCACUAAGUGCACUGUAAGUAGCUAUGCAUCAGGCUGUUAUGCUCAAUACAUCCUGCUGUCCUAUUCCAAAUUCCAACUUUGAAGACAAUAUUACAGGUGUGUGAACCCUGUAAUGUGGUGUAUAUCAUCUCUUCAAUCUUAAAAAGUCUUUAUAAUCAUGUGUAUACAUACUUCGGCAUGCUUCGAUGUUGAAGUCUUGAUAAUCAUACCUAAUCUCUUGGAUUA